GAAUGUACCUGAAAUAUGCGAAUGUCGGAUCGGCCAUUGUAAUUGAACUCAAAGAAAACUCUGAAUUUUAUUAAGCCGUCCGCUUUCGUGUCACGUAGUGUUGGUGUCUUUUAAUUUUUAGAGCCAGUGUAUCAAUAAAAAUCUACACUGUGGCUAAGGUGACACCAUACCCGAGUAUGUCUUAUUCCGGAAGGAAUAAAUUUGAGAUAGCUAGAUUUUCCGUUGAAGAUGAGAAUCAUAUUAACAGAAAACUGCCAAAGGAGUUACUGCUCAGGAUACUGUCAUACCUGGAUGUGGUAUCACUCUGCCGCUGCGCUCAGGUAUCAAAACUAUGGAAUAUUCUUGCAUUAGAUGGUUCCAACUGGCAGAGGAUAGAUUUAUUUGACUUCCAAAGAGAUGUGGAGGGUCCAGUGAUUGAAAACAUAUCUCGAAGAUGUGGUGGUUUUCUCCGGCAGCUAUCAUUACGAGGAUGCGAAAGUAUUGCGGAUGGCUCUAUGAAGACACUUGCACAGUCCUGUCCAAACAUAGAAGAUUUAAAUCUGAACAAAUGCAAGAAAUUGUCAGAUCAAACUUGUCAAGCUUUAGGCAGGAGGUGUAGUAAAUUACAAAGAAUCAACCUUGAUUCCUGUCCGAGUAUAACAGAUAUAUCUUUAAAAGCGCUUUCAGAUGGUUGUCCUUUAUUGACCCAUGUGAAUGUGUCAUGGUGUCAAUCAAUAACAGACAAUGGUGUGGAGGCAUUGGCCCAUGGCUGUCCUAAACUGAAAAGCUUCAUUUGUAGAGGCUGCAAGAAUGUAAACGACAAGGCGGUGUCGAGCCUGGCCACUCACUGUCCUGACUUGGAAGCUCUAAAUAUACAGGGCUGUGAUGUAAGUUUUAUUCAUGCUUUUUACCUAUUAAAACAGCUGUGUGCAUGCAAUAUUUUUUUUCAUAUAGAAUUCUAUACUAAUAUAUAUGGAACCGUAAACACACACUUCUUAGUUAUGAAGGAUGCAGAUAAAUUCAGUGUUAAUUUGCUAUUUUGUUCCCUACAACAGAAUUGCAGAAUGCUGGAACGUAUGGACUUAGAAGAAUGUGUUCUUAUAACGGACACAACUUUAGUUCACCUUUCUAUGGGUUGCCCGAGGCUGGAGAAGUUGACGCUGUCGCACUGCGAGCUGAUAACUGACUAUGGAAUCAAGCAGUUGUCAAUGUCGCCGUGCGCUGCAGAGCAUCUCACUGUGUUAGGUUUAGAUAAUUGCCCGCUGGUGACGGACGGCGCGUUAGAGCAUUUAACUUCGUGUCAUAAUUUACAACUCAUAGAACUAUACGACUGCCAGAUGGUGACAAGGAAUGCUAUUAGGAAAUUGAGGAGUCACCUGCCCAACAUCAAGGUGCACGCGUACUUCGCGCCCGUCACGCCCCCUGCGGCGGGGGGCGAUUUCCAUCAUAAAGUUCAUUACAAUUUGGACAUGGUAACUCACUUCGAGGCUGGUCGUUCGCUGACAUCGAAGAAUGCCCCACAAAAGUACACGAGUUUAUACUAA